UUAGUAUUACGAUUAAUAUCUAUUGUUAUGUAUGUCGCAACAAAUUUGUUUUAGGGAUUACUCGGUGUUAUAGGAAGUACAUCUAGCAGAAAGGAUGGAAAUUAUAUCAAAGGUUCAUUCUUACGACGAAGAGACCAUAUCAUUUUAUAAUAUAGACGAGCACGUUUUUCGGAUAGACUUUACAGAGAUAAAAACUUUUGAAGAUGUGCUUGACUACAUUAAGAAACCCAUCGAUGAUGAUGACGAACACAGGAACAUAUAUCUUGCGAGAUCUAUAGUUAGUCUUCUGUAUUUCGUACGGCUUACGGAUGAUAUACUGGAACCAGUUUUCUUUGAAUUGUUGCUUCCAACAUUGACUGCUAGUUUUCAUCAUAUGUGCAGUAGUUUAAAUAUUCCAUGCCGUAUCAUACAAGGGGAAACAAAAGAUUUUACCAGCUAUCGUCACGAAACAUACCGAGCCGAGUGGUGUGCUUUUAUGUGCAAUGAUGAUUGGCACCUGGUUGAUCUAGAUGGAAUACUCAGUGCCACUACUUACCACGAAACAGAAGGUAGAAUUGUUCUGGAAAGUGAAGGGGAAGCAAUCUUAGAGCAUCAAGAGCAAAAAGAAGGUCAACUAUUGGUUGUUUUUAAUGACUUCUGGUUUUGUACAAAACCAAACAAAAUAAUUUCUUUCGAUUUUCCAGACGAACGAAAGUGGCUUCUUCUGGACAGCCCGGUGUCUUCUGAUGAAUUUGAAUCAAUGCUAUUUACGUAUGUCGAGUUCCAUAUUUUAGGGCUUCAAUUUCUUACCGAAUGCUCUUCAAAACUCCUUGCUAAAGAUGGGAGAUGUAAGAUAUCUAUAAAGGCAGACCCCUCAGUUUUACGGUCAAAAUGUUUUCCGUACACAUUAUCUCUCAUAGAAGGCACUGGGGACAUAUCCGAAACAAAGGCGGAAGAUCUGCCUUUGUUGGUGACGUAUGCACCCGGCAUUGACAUGCUAUCAUUCAACAUCAGAUUCCCUGUUUCCGGUGAAUAUGUAUUUGAAGUGUCUGUCAAAGAUCUAGACGAUGACGACAUUGUUUGUCACUGUUUUGAUGUCGUCAUAGUAUGUGAAGAAGCUGAUCCAAACUGCCGGAAACUUCCAAUAGAUGCAGGAAUAGUUGGGUUUGGAUACGGACACGCUGCGAAAGAAGCUGGAUUGAAGAACCCAAGCAAGGCAAGUCCAACAGUGAACGUUAAUCCACAAACGGACGGUCUCACGCAUCCUAAAACACUGACCUUUCAAAUAGAAAACGAUCAUAUUGAUACAAUCGAGUAUGGAUCAGAUAUUAUAGCUGACAAUGACAUAAAUGCAUUUUCUGAGACGCAUGUUGAUGCUGAUAAAGGCAAACUUACCGUAGUAGCCAACGUAAAGACAGAAGGGGAAUAUGCGUUAUCUAUCACAGCAAAACCUAAACAGUCUGGCGAUAAUCCAGAAACAGUCCUCAACUACUUGCUGACGACAAAUAAAAAUGAAGAUGACGUUGAACAAGAACAACUCAUGAAGAAAAGAAAACUUGAUUUGAUAUUGGAGAGUAAAAUGGAGGACCGAAUUACAACGAAGAAAGUACUUACAAAAAAGAUCGACGCGAUAGAAAAAGAGCUGCUGGAACUACGCAAGAUGGUGGAAGAUGGUAUUGAUACUACCUUAAAUGCAGCAUCAGGAGACCAUGUUUAUGAGGGUGAUCGUUGUAGUCAGUCAAAGAAUGAAGACGCUGUAGAUAGUAGUGCAGUUCUAGCAGCUGGCGAAAAUGAUGAUAAUGCCACAGCAACCUCAUUGUUAGCAGAGGAGGCUGGAACCGUCUCAACAUCAAAACUGGCGAAGAAGUCCAAAAUGUGUCAUCUUAUGUGAUUAUUUCUGAAUAAAAGUGAAGACAUAUUAUGAUUUACUUGCAAAAAAAUAAUAAAAAAGAAUGCGUUAUUAAGAUAUCUAAACAAGUCAAAUUUGUUUUCUAAAAUUACAUGUUUAUGAUACGAUUGUAUGACUGACGAGCUUACACGAGCGUAAAUAAAUAAAUAAUUAUGAAUAUAGUUUGACUUUGUGCACGUUGCUGUAUUUUCAUUAGAGUAAAAGCAUUUACUUUAGCUUCAAUGCAUUUAUGUUACUAGUAAAUAAACCUAUUCAUUCAUGUUUUA